AUGUCUUCAAGAGCACAGAAGUUGAUUGAACUAGCUAUUUCAAGUUUAUUAACGGAAAAUGUAGAGGACAAUCAUGGACAUGGGGGUCAGUCUGUUGUGGACAUGGACUAUGAAAGAAGCCCGUCUUCCAGUAUGAGACGACAUAAUACUGAUACCUCUUUUACUGUUUCUCAAGUGGCGCCUAUAUUAAGUGACGAAGUAGACAAAAUAUUAUCAUCAGAUGGAAAAAAUUACAUUAAUUUAGAUAAUUUGGCGCUACAUGAGGAUGAGAAUAUAGUUUAUGAAGAAUUGCGGCCUUUAACUAUGACAUCCAAAAUUCCUAUUGCUACAGACCAGGUGGAACCUCUAAUAAGAAAUGAAUUGGUUCAAUCACAGCCUGUAACAGAAACAGAAAAUGAUAUUAACUUAGCUAACGUAGAACUACAAGAUGGAAAUGUUUCUGAAUCUGAAAAAGUGUCUACUACCCGGAAUAAAACUAAAAAGAGAAAGAGAGAGCCAGAAAAGUGGAUUAAGAAUGUGAAAAAACAAUUAAAGAAUAGUGGUAAAGCCUACCAAACCGUAAAAGGACGUACAGUACCAGCUAAGAAACCAAAACCACCAUGUACGAACUGUCGACUAAAAUGCCCAGAGAAGAUAAAUGAAGAGAGUAGAUUGAAACUAUUUGAAGACUUUUGGAAUAUCGGUGACCUCACCAAACAGCGCUACUACAUUAAAACUUGCAUGGGAGUGGUUAAGCCGAAAUAUUCAUUGCACAAUGCGAAUAGUACUCGAUCAUUGAAUGUGUCAUAUCAUUUUACAAUACAUGCAGAGAAAAUUCGACCAAAGAAAGACCAAUGCUCUUUGUGUUUGUCCUAUCAAAAUGCUACAGGUGAUGAUAAGUUACAGUUGAUGUGUGCCUAUGAACAGCAUUUGAAGGAAAGAGAUUUGUGCCGAGAAGAUAAAAGAGCUGACAUAGCAUCAUGCAAAAAUGAUGAAAGUAAAAUAAUAUGCUGUUAUGACAUGCAAGCUGUCCUGCAAACACCUUCCGGAAAUGAUUCUCUUUUUUUCUAUAAAAGAAGGUUAAAUGUAUACAACUGCACCGUCUAUGAUGUUGUGUCAAAAGCUGCUAACUGCUACUUAUGGAAUGAGUCGUUAGGGGGAUUUAUUAAUCCUAAUCACCAUGAACCUAUCACUAUAAACUAUAAAUUAACCAUUCACUACUUAACUAUAGACUACUUAUGA